AUGGGCGACGAUAAGUUCGAAUACAAAUCUCUCCCUAUUCCCACCUACGAGGAAGCCACCGCACAGGCAUCCUCUUCGCGAUCCGAUCUGGGCGAUGGCACCGACGUCGAACGGCAAGGACUGCUCGGUCGGCAGUCCUCCAACUAUCACCCCCCGACGGUAGAAUCAGAACGGGGUAGCCUCGAUGGCCUCGCCUCUUCCGCAUCGGGUUCAUCGCGAGGCUCAACAGAUGAGUUACGCAGGGAACUGGAUCAGAUGGAUGUGGACGAUUCAGGGCAGGGAUCGUCGACCGGCUCUCGCUCACGCUUUCGACACCACUUUUCAAAAAGGAUAUCCAGUUUGACUCGCACGCUCUCGGCCAUGCAAAGACCGUUACGACGAUACCUUCCGCCGAUGCCUACAUUUCGGAUGACAAUCAACCUGCAGGACACGGGAUCGCACAUCAAGAGUCACGGCUGUCUCAUGAUGUUGCGUCUGUUUGCCUUGCUGCUGGUCGCCACGUUAGUGUACGUCUUCUUCAUUGGGGACGUCUUCAACUUGAACAAUCGCAUGGUGAUGGGCCAGUCAUAUAGCGCCUCAUCCGUGGAGAAUUUUAUUCAGGGACACAUCAACGCAACCAACAUCGCCGAGAACCUCAAGUUGGUUGCUGGGAAUACCCGCGUGGCUGGCACGGAGGGAAGCUUUGUGCUGGCUGAAUGGAUCGAGCACGAAUUUCACAAGGCCGGGUUCGAUUCUGUGAAGCGUGAGGAAUACCAAGUCUAUCUGAAUUACCCACGGGAGGAUGGUCGAAGGGUUGCCAUCGUGGAUCCUCCUGACAAGGCCUGGGAGGCUUUCCUUGAAGAAAAUCAGGCCCAGUACCCUGCAUUCCAUGGACACUCCAAAUCCGGGAACGUCACCGGUCCGCUGGUGUACGCCAACUUUGGCUCAAGGGAGGACUUCCAGCUGCUUGCCAACAAGGGUAUCUCCGUCAACGGCUCGAUCGCUCUGGUUCGAUACUACGGUUCGGAAGGGGAUCGCGCGUUAAAAAUCAAAGCCGCCGAAUUGGCCGGGGCUGUCGGUUGUAUUAUCUACUCCGACCCUGCUCAAGAUGGUUUCACGCAAGGUCCGGAAUAUCCAAAAGGCCGCUUCAUGCCUGCAGAUGGUGUCCAAAGAGGCGGGGUGAGUCUCAUGUCCCACAUCGUGGGGGAUGUCCUCAGUCCCGGAUUUGCUUCCACUCCGGACGAGAAGAGGCGACUUUCACCGGCGGAAAGCCCGGCUUUGGUUCAAAUCCCGAGUCUGCCCAUCGCCUGGCGCGACGCGCAGCGACUCCUACAAGCGAUUCAAGGUCACGGAUUUAAAGCGCCGGACGGGUGGAUCGGCGCAGUACCUCAGAUUCCCGAGUGGUGGACAGGUGACCAGCAUUCCCCCACGGUCCACUUGAUGAACCUACAGGAUGAGGUCGACCGACGACCUAUUUACAACGUUCAUGGCACAAUUCUCGGGCUCGAGGAACGUGACAAGAUGAUCAUUGUCGGCAAUCAUCGGGACGCCUGGUGCCUGGGCAGCGUCGAUCCGGGGAGUGGCACUGCCGUAUUCAUGGAACUCAUUCGGGUCUUUGGGGAGCUUCUCACGUAUGGAUGGCGGCCGCUUCGAACGAUCGAGUUUGUCAGCUGGGACGGCGAAGAGUACAAUCUGAUCGGUUCCACUGAGCAUGUGGAAAAGGAGGUUGAUAACCUUCGUGCAAACGGGUAUGCCUACCUUAAUGUUGAUGUCGGCGUCUCAGGCUCCAACUUCCGCGCGUCGGGGUCGCCGGUCUUUGAACGAUCUGUACAUCAAAUUCUGGGUCGGCUCUCCGAUCCGAUCGCCAACAAGACUCUCAAGGAGCUUUGGGACGACAAGGGCCAGCGACUCACUCCUCUCGGGGCCGGCAGCGACUACGUAGCUUUCCAGGAUAUUGCUGGCACGUCCAGUAUCGACUUUGGCUUUGAAGGCGAAGCAUACCCCUACCACAGUUGCUAUGAAACCUACGAUUGGAUGGAGAAGUUUGGUGACCCCGACUUUGUCUAUCACAAGAUGCUUGCUCAAUUCUGGGCGCUUUUGCUCCUGGACGUGUCGGAAAACCCCAUGUUACCCUUCGAUAUGGAAGCGUACGGCAAAGCGAUCUCCGGUUGGGUAAAGGAUCUGGACGACUUCGUCCACUCCAAAAACGCCGAAGUCGACCUGCAACCCAUGUACAAUGCCGCGGCAGAACUGGAAGCCAACACGGCUCGAUUUCAAUCCUGGAAUGAUGUCUGGCAUGACACGGUCUGGGGCUCGGGUGGAUACGAGAGCAAUGUCAUGGCGAUCCAACGAGUCAAACAUAAUGCACGCAUGGCUCACUUCGACACCCAUCUUCUGGAUUUGGCUGCGGACGGCGGUAUCCCGAACCGAACGCAAUUCCGGCAUGUCGUUUUUGGGCCAGAGCUUUGGUCAGGUUACGACGCCUCCAUUUUCCCAGCGAUCCGCGACACUAUCAACACCGGAAACUGGACGCUCGCUCAACACUGGAUCGACAGAGUGGCCGACACGAUCCACACUGCCAGUGACAAACUCUUGAACUAA